AGAGGGCGCGGCUUGUCCAGACGCUCUUUGUCCUGACAACGACGAUGACGGCGACGACGACGACGGCGGCAGCGGCCACGAUGUCGCCAAAGUUCCUGUUCCUUCUUGGAUCUCUCUUUCUGUUUGCCGGAACGCAGGUCAGAGCACAAGACGAGGAAGGGGCUGAUGGAAUUGACGCAAAUGCCGAGGAAUUAUGCCAGGACAGGCCAGGAGACGAAUACUUCCGGUUGAACGUCGAAGGAGACUGCCGUGACGUCGUGAGAUGCGACAAAGCGAGCGAGAUUGGGGUGACCAGAUUGGCGACCGUACGAUGCCCAACAGGUCUGGCAUUCGACAUCGAGCGUCAAACGUGCGACUGGAAAACGAACGUGAAGAACUGUGACCAACUCGAGAAGCCGCGUAAGGUGUUGCCCAUCCUGAGGACCGACGAACCAGUCUGCCCCGAAGGGAAAUUGUCGUGCGGCAACGGCGAGUGCGUGGACAAGGAGCUCUUCUGCAACGGUAAACCCGACUGCAAGGACGAAUCCGACGAGAAUGCGUGCACUGUGGAAACCGAUCCAAAUCGCGCGCCAGACUGCGAUCCAACGCAAUGCGUGCUCCCCGAUUGCUAUUGUUCCGCCGAUGGAACCAGGAUCCCCGGAAACAUCGAGCCGUCCCAGGUACCCCAAAUGAUCACGAUCACUUUCAACGGAGCCGUGAACGUAGAUAACAUCGACCUGUACGAAGAGAUCUUCAAUGGCCAACGUCAAAACCCUAACGGAUGCCAGAUCAGAGGCACGUUCUUCGUCUCUCACAAGUACACAAAUUACUCCGCCGUUCAAGACCUUCACCGUCGUGGUCACGAAAUCGCGGUGUUCUCUUUGACCCACAAAGACGACCCACAAUAUUGGACCCAGGGAACCUACGACGACUGGCUGGCAGAGAUGGCUGGAGCUAGACUCAUCAUAGAACGUUUCGCAAACAUCACCGACGGUUCUAUUAUCGGAAUGAGGGCUCCGUAUCUUCGCGUGGGCGGUAACAAACAAUUCGAAAUGAUGGCUGACCAAUUCUUCGUCUACGACGCCUCCAUCACGGCUUCGUUGGGUCGUGUACCCAUCUGGCCGUACACUUUGUACUUCAGAAUGCCACACAAAUGCAAUGGAAACGGUGGAAACUGUCCAUCAAGAUCGCAUCCUGUUUGGGAGAUGGUGAUGAACGAAUUGGACAGAAGAGACGAUCCCACUUUCGACGAGUCUCUGCCCGGUUGUCACAUGGUGGACUCUUGCUCGAACAUUCAGACUGGAGAACAAUUCGCCAGGCUCCUCAGACACAACUUUAACAGGCACUUCAACAGCAACAGGGCACCGCUCGGUCUUCACUUCCAUGCCUCGUGGUUGAAGAGCAAGAAGGAGUAUAGGGAGGAAUUGAUCAAGUUCAUCGAGGAGAUGUUGGCCAGGAGCGACGUGUAUUUCGUUACCAUGGUUCAGGUAAUCAAGUGGAUGCAAACUCCGACAGAACUCUCGGCACUGAGGGACUUCCAGGAUUGGAAAGAAACCUGCGACGAGAAGGGCCAGCCCUACUGUUCUCUUCCUAAUGCCUGUCCCUUGACUACCAGAGAACUUCCUGGCGAAACUCUUCGCUUGUUCACAUGCAUGGAGUGCCCGAAUUAUUACCCGUGGCUGCUCGAUCCCACUGGCGACGGUUUCACCGCGAACAAAUGAGCACUUCAUGGUUGAGAUCUAUAGAUCGUGUGGCGCGUGUUCCUAAGAGAAACCACGCUAAAGUAACGCAUCAAAAGGCUUUCCCUCGAAGAACACGCGUCGAACCGUCGCGCGGAAAACGUGUCGCGAACGGAAAUAAGAAAUCUCUUACCAUAAUCGACUUGACGUUGUCUGGUUGAUUUCAAUUUCGAAACGAGAAACAAGUGCAGUAGGAUUCUGAUGUAUUUUAUUAUAUGCGGAUAAGUUAGAAAUUCUUCGUGAGUUGAGAUGUUUUUUCUUUUUAUUGUGAUAUUAUUGAAACGGAAUUUUAUAAGUGGGAUAACCGUUAAAUUAUCAUUUUUGUGGGAUUCUUGAGUUGUAUUCGUGUUAUUGUGACAGAAGAGUAUCGUGGGUCUGAGUUCCCCUAGCAAACGUUCGCGAAACGUUUCUGUGGCCGAUUAUGGUGAUCGAAAGAAAUGAAAAGAGAACGAAGAGCUUGUUUUUCCGUAGCAUAGGGGAACAAGUUCUUCGAUUAAGCUUAUUCAUCUUUGUACAUAACCACCGUAUCCUUGCCCUCCCGAUCCUUAUCCCUUUCUUCUGCGGGACGUUGUACGUAUUGAUCCAUCGAUCGGUAUCGUCGCAGCGCGCCGAACCGUGUACACUGUACACUUGGUUAACGUUAGUGCUUAAGAGACGCGUGAGAGUAAUUAAGUAAUUCUUAGAGUCUUUAUUAAAGUAUUUCACAAUAAACGUUGUACGAAACUAAGGACUUUUUCGAAUUUUUUUCCAGACCUGUUGAAUAUAUAAAGUGAUUUCGUGAUGCAAAUGGCAAGCUCGUGAUAAAUAUGUCGAAAAUGUAGAAUCCUUCCUCCUGGUUGUAUCACGAUUAAGGAAUUGGCCUGCAUAAAACCGAAAUUUUUUCUACCUAUUCCCAGAAUUUUCAAAAACCUCGACUUUUAAUAACAUAAUAACGAUAAUUGAUCAUUUACAUUCUUGUUUCUUGAAACUAGCUUUUGAUAUUAUACAAGAAUUGAUUCUUGAUAAUCUUAAAAUAAUAUUUAUUUAACAUAUAUUUUAGAUAAAGAAUGAAAAAGAUUGAAGCAUAAAUUUUAUUUCCUCUACGAUAUGAUCUCUAGCUGCAUUUUUCUCUUUUCGAACGCUUCUUCGUAACAUUCCACAUGGUAACCGAUCUAUUCGAUGCAAAAAGGAAACGGUAAAAAAGUGAAAAACGAAGGAGUCAAUUUCGGAAACUUUCGAUUGGAAGGAAAUUUAAUUAUUCGACACGAUACGUUCUCCACAGCCUUGAGAGUUAUUGGUAGGCGCCAGCUUUAAGGUCGUAAAAUGUCAUUACUGACUCGUCCUUCCCCUUCCCAUGGAAAACCCCGGGGGCACCUUUCUAUUUUGGACAACAUUCCUUUUCGAUCACGAGUCCUGUAUCGUCGCUUAAAUAAGCAAACAUUCCUUGCACUUUCUUUGAACUGACAAACAGAAACGGAAUUUUUUAUUUUUGCUUCUUAAUAAAAAUACCUUGUAUUUAUCUUCCAGAUUUUUCUCAUUUGUUUACAUAUUUGCUUUGUUUACUUACAUUUUCUGACUUUUAAUUUUGCACAAUUAUGUGUUCAUA